AUGGCAGCUUUGAUGAAAAAACGAGUAUUAGCUGAAUAUACUCAUAGUCAGGUUAUUAAUGAACCUCCAACUAAACGAUUAAGGACUCUAAGACUAUCAACAAUCAGUACCAAAAAUGGUACAGAAAGCAGUUCAGCACUAGCUUACAUAGAAUGCCUUGAGAAAUGUAAGAGUGGAAAUGAUGCUUUGCAAUUGCUUGUUCGUAUCUCAGAUGCGAUAGUGUAUAUAGCACCUGAAGAUGUUCCUGUAGCUGUAAAAAAGCUAGCAGAAAGAUUCGCAGUUGAGAAUGAAGCUGCAGUUAGGGCAAAAAUUUUUUGGGUGUUUGCAGAGCUAGGAGAAGUAACACUUGAUAUAGCAGAAAAAACAAAAAUUAUUAAUGAGACAAUAGAACUUUUAAGAAAUGAAGAAUCACACAGAGUAAAAAGUCAGGGAUUAGCAACACUUUUAAAGCUAGGAGAUUAUCAAAGAGCCCUUGUGUUGAAAGUCGCACAAGAGCAUCUACCUGAUACAUGGCAUGGUGUUCAAACACGAUGCCUUUCUAUAAUUGGACGUUAUCUGACAGCAAAUGCUGUUGAAGAUACUUUAACAUUAAUUGGCAAUUAUGCCCGUUCUCAAGACCCAAGAGUACGUGCUCAAGCUUUCAAAACUAUGGCAGAAUUACAUUCCCACAGAGGUUACAGAUUACCUGCAAGCUUUUUCAGAGAAGCUUGUGCAGCUCUUCGUGAUGACUACGAAAUUGUUCGCCGAGCUGUUUUAAAACUUAUUUGGCUGUUGGGUCGGGAGUAUCCAGAAAAUAUCAUAGUUGGUUUUGACGGGGAGGAUAUACGUAUGGUAGAUUGUGCCUUUUCACAAAUUUGCAGUCUUAUGGGUGAUUUAUCGCCGCGAGUGAGAGCCUCGGCGAUGUCUCUUUUAGGAGCAAUGAAAAGUGUAUCACGUCGUUACAUAGAACAAGCGUUAGACAAAAAACAGAAAGUAGUUGAGGCGGAUAGGCCUGAAGUUGAAGAAAAAAGUGGAUCUUGUGGAGCAUUUAUUCAUGGUUUAGAAGAUGAAUUUUUAGAAGUGAGAACAGCAGCAGUUGAAGCACUCUGCACAUUAUCGUUAGAACAACCAAAUAUAGCUAGAAUUUCAUUAGACUUCAUGGUGGACAUGUUCAAUGAUGAAAUUCAAGAUGUUAGAUUAAGAGCCAUUGAGUCUUUAAAAAAAAUAUCAGCGAGUGUGACACUUCGAGAAGACCAGUUGGAAACGAUACUAGGCGCACUAGAAGAUUUCUCAGGCGAAGUGAGAGAAGGACUCCAUGCGAUGCUAGCUGCUAGUCAUCUGGCUACCACAAAUUGUCUUUAUAUGUGCGUUAAUCGUUUGCUAGAUAAUUUGUCUCGUUACCCUCAGGACAGGGAAAGUAUUAGAAACUGUUUAGCGGCGUUGGGUGCGUCACAUCCAUACUUAACAUUACCUUUAGUGCCGCAACUUCUUAAUCGACAUCCCUUCUUCGAUACAUCAGAGCCGGAUGUGGAUGAACCGUCCUAUGCGAGCGUACUGGUAUUGAUAUUCAACGCUGCGUUGCAUUGUCCGAGCAUGCAUGCCCUAUUUACAGAGCACGCAUCUAAACAUUACCACUAUUUGCGCGAUACUAUGCCGCAUUUAGUUCCACGAUUGCGUCCAGCACUCACUAGCGGCGGAGUGAAAACGGAGGAUAUAGAUAUCGAAGAGAACAGAGAUCAGCGCGGCCGAGAAUUCCUAGAAAAAAUGGUAACUGGAAUCGAGAAUGCUAGACCAGGUAGCAAGGUUCAUACGCAACUUUUAGAAGCUGCGGCUAUUGAUCUUGACCGUCUAGCAGAAAUGGAUCAUCAUAUGGAGGGUGCAGCACGUUUCACCGCCCUGUAUAUUCGAUGUUUGCUAUUACUAAAAUCUGUGCUCAAGGAAUUCUCCGUCUCGACAACGAUCUCGCAGAGUCCAAUACAAAGUACCAGCAACAACGUUUUCGUUCUUCUUCAGCAUGCACAAAAGUUACAACGUUUAUUCAGCGGAUUAGGUGACAAUGAAGUUAUACUGGCUAACGAUAUGUGGUUGAAGGCAUUGGCUAUAGAAUUAGUUAGAGUGACUAAGAGCGCUACUGGUAGUGCAUUACCACUAGCUCGUCAUUUUCUGUCGGAAGCCGAUGCUUUACCUCAGGAUACGUCCAGGUUACCGCCGUUCUCCAGAUCUCUAGUGUUACAGAUACCAAAUUUAGCGGACGUAAAACCUGGUUCUUUGACGCGACUGUUGGUGCCGUUGCUCUUAGCGCCAAUAAUGCAGGGAGAAGAACGAUUACCAAAACCAUCGGCGUCAACGCGUUUCUGUCGAGCGAUCAUCGAGGAGCCAAGAGGUGAUGCUGAUGCCGCGUUGAAGUUCACGGGUGGCCUUUUACUGGGCAUCCCGUUGAAUGCCAAGAUACUGAAUCUGCGUGACCCUGCUACUCUGCGAAUCAAGCUGAGGCAUCCGGAUCAACAGGUGCAAUUGUUGUUGCCGCGACAGUCGGACUUGCGUUUGCAGCAUGCUGACCAAAAGGAUUACAGACUGAGAACAACAGUUCUUUUAUCGCAUCAAGUAUGGAUGGAGGCUUGCAACGUGGAAAUUUCUCUAGCAUUAUUGGUGCCAUCAUCUUCGGUUUGUACGCAUUCGCCUUUGGACGAUCCUUGCAUAAUUGAUCUGUGUAAGCCUACCAAAGUAUCAAUUGCACCGAAGGCCAUUAAAAGAGGCAUAUGAUUA